CUCUCAUCGUUUUCUCUGGAAAGGCUUUAUUCAGUUUUCGGAAAAAAAGACACGACACACAUUUGUUCCUGAUUUACAGUGGCUCUGGUUUCAACAUAACAUCUAAAAUAAUUCCGUUAUAUAGGAAUUUUUAGCUAUGGAUGAAAUACAAAAGUCUGUGGAAGGUGUUGGACCAACACAGUCGCAAUCGAGCAGCAGCCGCCGUGUGAUGUGGAAGGUGUGUGAUGGCGAGGAGGAAGUAUAUGAUUCAGUGGUUAACUAUAGAAGCGUGUCGCCGACACAUGAGUCUAUAAACUCCUCCGAUCGAAACCUUCCUGGCACGAGCAGUCCACAGUUAUUGGGUCCUUCUGAAGGUACAUUUCAACUGGUCAUGAAGGAGUACUUGCCGAAAUACGAGGCGGCCGCCAAAUCAGCCACUAGUUUGGCAAUGCGCUAUAAGCCUUCGCACGAGUCAAUGCAGGACUUGGCCAGCACAAAGCGGUCUCGUGCUAUUGGAAUCUGGCAUAGUUUGUAUGAUCGGAUACGAAAUAAGAAGUUAGGCGACAAGGCAUGCCCGUCGCUGGCGUUGCGAUACAAACCAUCGCAUGAGUCCCUUAAGAAUCGACGCAGCAAGGAUCUGCUAGCGGAGCAGCCUUCACCCAGAUCGGCAAUCUUGGCUAAGCACAAGCUUGCUACUGCAGAUUUGAAAUUAGAGACGUGCUUUUUUCCGCCUUAUCAGACUGCUGUGGUACGUGAGGCUGCGCCCAAGUUUGCCAACCGCCUGUGCAAAUUCGAUGACAGCGAUUCGUGCUGCUCUGGUUCCCUAGAGCUACGAGUUCCGUUGUUGAAAUCGUCCAAAUCAAGAAAUGUUUCUGGUACUAUGGAUUUGUUAAAUUUGGUCGACAGCAAGUCAUUUUUGAAUCCCACUGACGCAAAUAACAGCAAUUCAAAGACCAAGCGGCGCACAAAGACAGUAACAACGUCUAAUACAGGCACCUCGAAGGGAAAUGGGAGCAAGACUACACCAAGUGGAAACACUAACAACACAUUGCCAACUCUACGCCAAAGACAACUAGAAUUACAUCGCAUUCGUGUGCUAAUUGAGAAACGUCGUUUGGAGCUCUUGGAUUUGAAGAUUGUGCGUGAACGGGCGGACGCCUUGCGUCAUGAAAUACUAUUCCACAAGGACUUGCAGCUGAAACAUAACCAAAUCAAAUCAUACGAGGAUAAUAACAGCUCCCAGGCAUGAUUGAGGGACAUUCUGUAUCCAGCAAAAUUUCUAGUAGUUCUGAAAAUCCAAAUAGUUUCAUAAUCGACAUUGUUCAAAACAUAUCAUAAAACACGCAAUAGCAUUGUCUAGUGGAACUU